AUGGGGAAGAAACUGCCCACUUUUGCCCCGGCGGCGGGAAGGAAGAGAAAAGGUGCCACCUUGGCGGCGCUCACCGCGUGCAAGCGCCCUGUGCCGACGCGAGCAACCGGCGGCUGGGCGUCCCUGCCCACUGACAUAGUUGGCCUCAUCACCCGCCGGCUCCUGGCCGGCGACGGUGACGUGGUUGAUUACAUCUCCUUCCGCACCGUCUGCUCCGGCUGGCGCGCCUGCACGCCCACGCCCCGCGACCCUACUCUGCGGGAUCCCCGCCUUCGCCCGCGAGGCUGGGUCGCGCUCUGUGGCGGCGACGCCGUCCGCCCAGACGAUGCCGGCGAGAUCGUCUUCUUCCAUACGCGCACGGCCAGGCGCCUCCGAGUCCUCCUCCCGGACCUCCGGUGGCACAGGAUCGUCGGCUUCACCGAUGGCCUCGUCAUCCUCAUGGACAAGCGUACAACCGAGAUCCGCGUGCUGCACCCGUUCACGCGCGUCGUGGUCGAUCUCCCGCCCCUCCUCCCCUUGUACCACGAGGUGGUCAGGCAGAAGUCGUCUCUGCUUGACAUGAACGCCGCGGUAUGCAGCAGCGCAUCCUCCGCGACCUCCAUCGCCGUGGUGGUCUGGUUCCCCUACACAAACGUGGUGCUCGGUGCCGACCACCCAAAUUCAGACUGGAAGGUCCUCCACCGAGGGCUUUAUGUUUGGAACACCUUGCCCUUCCAAGGAAGGCUCUAUGCCACCACCCUGUCGCGUUCAAGCAGGAUCCUGCAGCUAUACCCUCCUCCGGGAAAUGAAGACUUCGAGAAUUCUGUGGUGGUUGGUCAUGUUCCAUAUUUUGCUGACCGCGUGUAUUGCGAUUUUCUACUCGUGGAGUCUGGUGGACGGAUGCUGCUCGUCAUCCGGCACCCAGCUCCUGGUACAAAUGCGUUGGACUGGUCGCGACUAGUAGUCUUCAAGCUCUAUGAAGUGGAUGUGAACAGCCACCCCUGUAAGCUUAUCCCGGUGAACAGCUUAGGUGACCGCUCGCUGUUUCUCAGCGGCGACCGAUGCCUGUCUGUUUCAGCCAGGGACCUCCAUUCCUUGAGCAGCAACUCCAUCUACUUCAGUCUACCACAUGACCCCAUCGUGGUGCAUUCGCUGGGGUCUGGUUUGUCCGAGCGGUUAUCAGAGUCCUGCCAAAUACAUGACAGGAAGGAUAGGAUCCGCCCAUCUGUGCGCCCCUUCACCGUUGCUGAUCAUCUUAUCACCUACUGCAAUCCUCGUGAGUGGUCUAAAGGACUCAUGUUCCACGAGUACCAAUACAUACCUGAAUCGUUCAAGGAACUGAUUGAGAACAUCCGGGCACAAAACGCGCAGUUGAAGAUUCGACGUGUCACUCUGCAUUCGCGCUGAAGGAGCAAACGCCAAGCUUCACAUUACCCAAUGAGUGAUGAAGGUUCUGAAAACAUACAGAGAAGAAGAGAGGAGACAGGAUUAUGAAGAGACUUAGUUUGCUAGGCUUGCUGAGAACUUGGGGAACUAUGUAUCUGUCCAACUAUAUGAUUAUAUUGGAAAAGGAAGAUCCAACCUCAGUUUGUCACCUCAUGUUAAUUCCCGAAUAGGUGUAUUUUCUCUUGAAUAACAUGUUUCAGAGUUGUCUUCUAAACGAGAACCGCAUUGAACUCUGACUAUUGUUUGUAUUUUGAGAAAGUAUGGGCCUGAGGCCUUCAUGUAACUGUUUAUAGGUUCUGGAAAACAUACGGAGAAGAAGAGUGGAGGCAGGAACAUGAAGAGACUUAGUUUACUAGGCUUGCUGAGAACUUGGUGAACUAUGUAUCUGUCCAACUAUAUGAUUAUAUAGGAAAAGGAAGAUCCAACCUCAGUUUGUCACCUCAUGUUAAUCCCCGAAUAGGUGUAUUUUCUCAUGUAUAAAAUAUUUCAUAGUUAUCUUUUAAACGAGAACCGCAGUGAAACUCUGUCUAUUUUUGUACUUUAAGAA